UGUUGCAGACGGCGCGCUCUAGGGAGGUUUCUGAAGCAAGCACAUGGAGCUUCUAGCAGGUUUUCUGUUUUCCGUGUGUUUGGUCCUGUCGGAAUGCAAGUUUGGACCAUACCCAAUGAAAGCUUACAGUAUACGAAAGUUCCUGGAUACAACGGAACCAAUAUGGACAGUUUAUACAACCGGACCCACAACUCGUCGAUGCGAAGUUGACGAGGUUCUAGACGUGACGAAAGCUUCAGUUUAUAUCAAGCGACACUUUUUUCUUCGAGGAAAACAGAUGUCUACAAGAAUUACAGGAACUUUCAGUCCGUAUCGAACGAAGCACAUGGAAAUCCAUAUUUCAGGUAGCCCUUACAUUGUUUCGGAGGAUAUUCUCUACCUGAGUGCCAAAUUAGACUGUGCGGUGAUUAUGACAACGACCAAUAUUGAAAGAAAGAAAAAGCACACGUAUGACGUUCGAGUGAGGAAUUCGGCUAUAUCACUGAGCCCUGGCGCUGAUUGUCUUGCCAGAUUCAGGGACCUUGUGAACUGGGAACAAGUCAUCUACACGAGAGAUUGCCAGCACGUACUUAAUAAAAAACCGACAUCUCUUUUAACGAAUAAAAUAUCAUAAA